CUUUCCACCCGGAGCAAUAAUCGGGCGGACCAUAACAUGAAGUAGCAGCAGUGGAGCAGCUCUGCAUGUUCUCCAUCCAUGGUAUUGACCCACAUUGACCCAUCUGUUCAGUGGCUAGUCUCCUCUCAAUCUUAUAGUUUCUCUACUGAAAACUACAGUGGGUGACAUUUUCUGAGAAAAAAAAAAAGAUAACGUCUGACCUCAGAGGAACACCAUGUUCCCGGCCAAGCUGACCAGCCGGUUAACUCUGAAUACCCUGAGGAGGAUUCAUCAUGGAGCUUCUUACUCCUGUCUUUACUCCCUGUCGAACAACUUCCUUCACACUGAAGGAGGAGGGAGGACGAGAGAUGUGAAUCUCCACUCAGAUUCCAGUGUGUUGAGAAGAGUGUUUUACAGCCAGAGUGCUAUCCGCCCAUCACUCAGACUAUGUGAAACACAGCAGUAUGGGAGAAGAUCAUUCAGUUUAUCAGCUGCUACAGUUGUGAGUUCAGCUCCAGCAUCUAUCCAACCAUACCUCCGAUUGAUUAGGCUGGACAAACCCAUUGGGACAUGGCUGCUCUACCUCCCGUGUACAUGGAGCAUUGCUCUGGCUUCCGACCCCGGAUGCCUCCCACAUCUGGGCAUGCUCACCUUGUUUGGUACAGGUGCUCUGGUGAUGAGAGGAGCGGGCUGCACCAUCAAUGACAUGUGGGAUAAAGACUUUGACAAAAAGGUGGCCAGGACGGCCACUCGACCCAUUGCGUCAGGAGAGAUUUCUCGGAAGCAGGCACUAGUCUUCUUAGCAGGGCAGCUUUCUGUGGGACUUGGGAUUCUCUUGUGCCUCAACUAUUACAGCAUAGCUUUGGGUGCUGCCUCAUUAUCUCUCGUCAUCUCCUACCCGCUGAUGAAGAGGAUCACUUUUUGGCCACAGUUUGUGUUGGGCCUCACCUUCAACUGGGGGGCGCUGCUUGGCUGGUCCGCUGUCAAGGGCUACUGUGAUUGGUCCGUAUGCCUCCCGCUGUAUUUCGCAGGAGUGAUGUGGACGCUGAUAUAUGACACAAUAUAUGCACAUCAGGAUAAGGAGGACGACAUGAAGGUAGGAGUCAAAUCUACGGCGCUGAGGUUCCAGGAGCAAACCAAACCAUGGCUAAGUGGCUUCACGGUGGCCAUGAUGUCAGGAUUGGUUGUAGCUGGAGUCAAUGCUGGACAGACUCUCCCUUACUACGCUGUGCUGUCCACAGUGGCCAUUCACCUAACGCAUCAGAUAUACACAUUGGACAUUAACAAACCAGAGGACUGCUGGAAGAAGUUUGUCUCAAACAGGAACCUUGGAGUGUUGUUAUUUAUGGGCAUUGUUACUGGCAACUUGUUGAAAUAAUGAAGAGAGGCUUUGCUGCAAGAUGAGGAACGAACCAGUCAGAUAAGUCCAAAUUCCCACAAAGUGACCUAAAUGACAGCCGUGCCACCACAGUGAGAAACUAAAAGUCAUGAACAACGGGAAACGUUUGCACCUUAUAUAAACAAGCCUACGCAGCCAUGAAGCUGUUGUGGCGUUCCAUCGUCGGGCAAACUCUGACAUACAGCUCGACGCUUCGAUGGUCCAGAAAUCUCCAUCGGAUAGUCUGCUCCAGUCUGGGGAGUCUCCUGGUGACUUUUCCCAAAAGCCGAACCCAGCUGCGUUAUUGAGGCACUCACUGACCUUCCAGUGAGAAUAAUAUUGGAUCCUCAAAACCACCGCCAGACUCCAAACCCACAGGACGCCAUAGAGAAUCAUAGAGUUGGAUGGAUCAUACGGGUUGUGUUUCAGAAAAUGGACAAGACAAUACCUUAACCACUCCAGCAAUAACACCUGCAUCAACUUUAGGAAGACUACACCCAGUGGAUUCGGUGGAGCGUUAAGGCUGAUCCCCGCCAUUGAGGACACAAAUCGGCUGUAGGAGCACAAAGGCCCACCGAGCAGUGUGGUGAAAUUGAGGAUGUAGCUGAUGAGAGGAAGAAGCAUCACACAAGCCUCCCUUUUGGAUUUAAAUGUUAGCAGGACUCGUUCCUCCUGGAGGUCCAUGGACACCGAAGUGAUUCUCUGAGUGAGCAGCAUCAAUGUGGACACUGCCAAAAACAAUCUGAGAGUGAAAGAGUUGUUAAUUUCAUGACACAUUUGUCUGAAAGAGGAAUAAAUGUUUAAUUAUUUGAUUGCA